GUUUUAAUACACUUGGACGAACUAGCACCUGAACUUGCACUCUUUCCAUACUGAAGUAAAAUGAUUUCAGAACGUGGUCGCACGCGACACAAUUAGCCCAAUAUAAUGACGGUCGAAGAUGAUCACCGAAGCGCAGCAGGAAUUACCUCCAGCACGGAGGUCGACCUGCUGGAGCACGAGCGGUACCGGCCGUUUAUGCUCAACUCCCUACCCAUGCUCUUCGUCGUGACCUCGUUCUGGUUCUACUUUGGGCUGGCCUACGCAACCUACCUGAUGUUUCUCGUGCCACUGGAGGCGAUGCGGCUGGCGCCGAACAACCAAAUCAUGUUUCUUUCUUUAGAGAAAAUAUCCUGUGCAAAAGUAUCGUACUCGUAUUGCAAUCAUGCAUAUACAAAUCUUUCUCUUAAGGUAAAUCAGCAUUACAACUUUUAUCUCUCAUGCUGAGGAAAUUUGUAAUGCAUUUUAUACGAGUGCGAUACUUUUGCAAUUCAUAGAAAAUGAUGUACGGCGUCUCGCUGAUCACCGCGCCCUUCUUCGGGCGCUUCAGCGACGAAACCGAAUCGAAAUAUGGGAAAAGGCGGAUCUGGAUCUUCUUCGCCUGCGUUUUGAUUCUGAUCGGGAACCUCGGUUGCGCGGUGGCUUCCGUCGCGUUGGACACGCCACUUUGGUUCUUCUGCGUGCUGCUCGCGAUGCUCGGGAAGCACAUGGCCGGCGCGGCGCACUCGGCGAUCUUGGCAGACUUGGUACCGAUAUCGCAAGAAAAAAGUGUUACAGUUACACAUUGUGUUGCAGGAGCCGCAAGACAGACAACCUUUGUCAUGCAGGAAAUGCUUGCGAGCCUCGUUUCCUACGUAUUUUCCCUUAUGAUCUCUGCAUUACAAGUUUUGUCUCCCAAACAGAGAAAAUUUGUGAUGCAGAAACUCCAACAAGUGUGUAACUGAUACACUUUUUUCUUGUGAUAACCGCGGACGCAUUCGGGGACCGCGGCGGCGUUGGUGCAGGUCCAGUGCGGAGCGGGGGCGACGUUUGGCUUUGUGGGGCAGUUUAUCAACUGCAAGAAUGUCUGGGUCUGGAAGAUUGCGAGAUAUGUCAUGCUUGUCUGGCAUGACCAAGAAGUUUGUGAUGCGUGUCAAAGAAGAGACCCUUUUGCCUGUCAUGCAAAAACGCAGUUUGUCAUGCGAAACAGGCAACACAAAGAAGCGCAGACAUUUCUCAUGCUUGGCUGUGCAUUACAGAGCAUUCACUAUUCCAAGCGCAGCAUUACAAGUUUCAAGACCCAGACAUAUUUGCAGUUGAUACAGUUUCUGGGGUUGUCAAGACACGGGGUGUACUGGGUGUACCUGUUCAACAGCGCUGUAUUAGUCGUCGUCUCCCUCGUGUUUUUCGCCGUCAUCGGAGAACCGAGUUCCAUCGGGCUUGGGCGCAGCGGGAACACAGCUGAAGUUUUGGACGAGGAGGUGGACGAAGAUGGUGUUCUAGCAGCUGCUGCAGCAACUAAGGAAAGCUACAAGCAACAAACCUCCGACAAAGACAGAGCCGUGGUGGCGGUGCCCGAAGUAGCUGAAAAGGAGCGACUAUUGGGGAAAAGAAAUCGAACCAGCGACUCAUUUUGGAACAAAAAUUCAGAGAACACCUCCGCAGCACAGAAAAAAAAGCCUUCUUACAAGAACAGUACGAGUACAACGAAGGAAAAUAAGCAGCGCCUCGGGAUGUUCUCCCUACUGCAGCUAAUCCUCACCGCCAGCCCAGACUACGCGUCCCAGACCUAUGCAAGGUUCCUGUACUCCUGCGCGACGGCAUCGAUUCCGCUGAUUCUUUUCUGGCUCCGGGAUGUCGCGGAACUGAAAGACCGGGCGGAUGCAGCGGAGCUGACCGCGCAGGUGUCCAUCGUCGCGCAGCUCGGCGUGGUGUUUAUCACAAGGAAAAACUCACCUCCCCAUAUCGAAAAGAAGAAUUGUGAUGCUGAUUUGUGACCACAAAUCAGCCUUGUCUUGCGUACAAGGCAAACGGCGCCCAUGUGGCGCAUUGUGCAGCAAGUCUGUCAUGCGGUUUCGCCUAUGUCAGACUUGUUUCUCAUGCUCAGCUGCUACUCAGCUGCUAGCCGGAUGCAUACCCAAAUGCGCUUAGAAUAUGGCGACAAGCUCUUGCUGCAAUACAAAGCUCAUUUGUGUACACAAAUCCAGCAACACAAAUUGUCUUUUGAAUAUGGGGUGGGGGCUUUUUUCACUUUGAUAGUGUUGGGCUCGUUACCGUUUGUGGUGUUUGGCGACAGCAAUAGUUCCGCGGAAAUGAAAAGGAGUAGAACGGCUAGCAAGGAGGUCGUGGAAGAACAUCUUCAAACAGGGACGAUGAUGGGUACGAAAAAUUAUAACGAAGAUGUGGACUCCGAGUUGGAGGACGAAGCUGGUGGAAUGUUGACGGAAGGAGUGGCAGCGAGUGCACAGCAGGGAGGAACUACUACUUCUACUGCUCCUGCGGCCCCUCAUCUACUAGCUGGCGAGAAGUACAGUGCGCGGGGACAUCAAAUGCGAGGAGUAGUAUCUUCUGGACGGGAAACUACCUCCGGGGCGGAUGCUUCUUCAUUACAUCGACUACCGGAGGACGAUAUUAACCUCGUUCAAAGCAACUUUCAUACAGAAGGACAGCACCUCCAAGCGCCGGCAUCUGGCACAGCAGGGGUUGCAACGGGAUCGUCUAGUAGUAUCCAUUCUACGUGUAUCCCACGAAAAAACUGUUUCACUGUGGUGAUUUUGCAAGAUCUGCAUCACAAGUUUGUUGUACAUGACACGGAACAUUUGCCGUGCGCGCUUCCCAAGAGAAAACACGCUUUAAAAUCCAAUCUCUUGCAGGUGUAGCACGACAAACACUUUGGUGCUUCGUUCUCUGCAUCACAAGUUCACAGUGAAACAGUUUUUUCUUACUUGCGAUAACGUGGUCCACCACGCCCGACGUUCUGGAGAAGCAGGAAUUUCUCGAGUCCGUUAGUAGGAGCAAGAAGUGGUUCUUACUCGGCUGUUGGAUGCUGUUGGUCAUGUUUAUUGGGUUAAGCAGCUCGAGCUUCGUGCAGAAUUCCAAAAACUCCAGUUUGUUUCUAUAACCUGCUCAUCUGUUACAAUCUCAAACGUUACAAUAGAGUCUCGGUUUUGUAUUGCAUGAUGAGCAUGACAGACUCGGACAGCAUUCCACUUUCUGCAAUACAAAUUUCGCAAGAUUGUAGUGCGGAUUGGGACUCCAGAAUUUGUCAUGCGCAAUCCUAUUAGAGUUGGCUAGCGAAUGCACUUCUUGCAUCACAAAAUCCAGAUUCUAUUGUAACAGUUGAGAUUGUAACGUCUGAGCCGGUCAUAGUUUCUCCCGCUGUUGUUCCUCGGCGCGGCUCUGUACGGGGCAGGCAGCGGCACCACCGGCGCGGGGGAUUUGGCGCUCGCGUUGGGGAUACGACCGUCCAAAAUCACGAAUGGAAUCGCCUUGUCGUCCUACAUCCCAGUCGCGACGUACGGGAUGGUGUUUGGCACCUUGGCGUUUGCGUUGAUUCAGGGUGUUUUCCCGAUUGACGAUGGGGAUGGUAGUACUGGAAGCAAAUUUAUCGCUUACGAAAAACUACGUGUUUCACUGAAAGGAUGUUGCAAGUUGUUCUUUUGCAUCACAAAAUUGUUCUACAUCAUAGCAAGAGAAACACUUCUCAGAUACAUUUUCUGCAUAUACAAGUUUACAGUGAAAAAAUUUUUCUCUUGCGAUAAAAUUGCUGGCGCUGACAGGAAGCGACAGCACGAAGACCAGGAGGUCAUCCUCUUACACGACGGCUGAUAGUACUGUAGGUUCUACUCAUCUUGACGUUGACACGAAUUUUCUGUUGCUGAAAAGGAGAAACCUGCGGAGGUCCUCUUACUUUCGCGAAACUGGGACGAGGAGAAGUCAUACCAGUAGUAGUGCCUCACCAACACAAGAUGAUCAUUACGAAGAAAACGUGAACAACGUCUUCCAGCCGAUCGGCCACGAGGCGAUUAUCAAGUGCAAAAAUGUCUGGAUCUGGAAGAGUGCAUGUUUGUCAUGCUUGUCUGGCAUGACUCUUAAAUCUGUCAUGCACGUUACCCAAGAGCUCCAUUUUUCAUUUUCUGUGAUGCAGAAACGCAGAAUAGGCAACACCUAGAAGCUCAGAAACUUGUCAUGCUGAGCCAGCAUUUGUGGCCUCAUCGUGAGACGCCACCCAGCAUCACAAGUUUCCAGACCCAGACACUUUUACAUUUGAUAGCGAUGCACAAGGCUCAACGUCAUUCGAAGAUUUUCGAACCAGUUCCGGAGGUUAUGAAAGUGCACACCUCGUCCCCCUCCCCCUCAUUUGUCAUGCAAAAUACCAAAUCCAGCCUUUUCCCUUUGGCACUGCUUGCAUAAUAGGUUCAUUCGGAAGCCGAAACACCACUAGAAUCGGAGGUCGCGAAUUAUUUCUCAUGCAAAAGCUGCAUUUAUGCCAUCACUUGUGUUGCUGCUUAUGCGUUUUAAAUGCAGGUCGAGUGGAAGUUGUGCACUCUCAUAGAGGUGGGGUGGGAUCCGGAUCUAGAACAGGAAGAUGACAACGACGCUGGAGUGAAUAACAUAGGAGAUGAGAAACAAACAAAAACCCUGAUGAACGAAGGUGAUGAAGAUACAAACCCCGUACUAGAGGACGAUUCAACUGCUACGACACCCGCCCCCACUACCACGACCGCGACAAGCAGCCACAUUUCCUGGAAGAACCGGGUAACGAAAAAAGAAGGCUACGUGGCCACCUACUUUGCCGCGGCGCUGUUUAUCGUCGCGGCUAUGUUCUUUACGCACAGCAUCAACCUGCGCCGGGCAUGGAAGACCACGUUGGAGUACCAAAUUUCGAAACAACGAAAGAACAAUUCUGCGGGGAUAUCCUGUGUAAAAACGUCCCCACCCCAGAGCUGUAAUGCAAAUCUGCAUGCUUAAAAUGUUUCUCAUGCGGAGAGGACACAUCAGAGACGUUUCCUAGUGAUGAUUUGAAAUUUGUCAUGCUCGAAUCAGCAUGAGAAACUGGACCUGUGAUGCUGCUCACUUUGCUGAACAGGAUUGCACUACGAGGCCAAACUUGUCAUGCGCAAAAGCCAGCACCGCUUGUUGAUUUGUCUAGCAGAAUUGACUAUGGGGCGCGGACGUUUUUGCACAGGAUAAGGGGCGGAAGCGGUGGCGGAGCCCUUGGAGCAGGAGGAGGAAACGAUCGUAGUAGAGGAAACUGGAGGAGCACCGCCCAGGAUAGAUGGAGAAGGAAUUCUGGCCGGUGCUAGCGGGGGUGGGAAGAAGUCAAAAAUGUAAAACUAGUAUACUGUUAUCCUUAUCGGGUGGAAUGUUGCAAAAUGUUUGAUUACUUAUUUUAUUCUAGAUGGCAUUUACAUUUUUGCCAUGUUCACAUGAAAGAAGAUAAAACACUGCUUACCAAGUAAAAAGGUGACAGGCUCCAGUGUAUGAUUAAAGUAAAAAAGCAUCUCUGAAUUCUCAUAGUCACCACACAACUUUUUUCAAGAAAUGAAAAGCAACAAGCAUGUUCCACCCGGCGACUAGCUGCUGC